AUGGAAUCGCCUCAAAUGUACGAUACGAAUCAAAUCCAAGUGCGCAGUGAUAUCAAGAAGCUAACGAUGGCCGCGAACAAUGGCGUGAACGGUACGAACGGUACGGCCAACGGGGCCUCGCCGACCAACAACAACUCUCCGACGGCAAUUAAUCAGAACACGCUGGCGCUGAAGCAGCAACAGCAGCAACAGCAGCACCAGCAGACGCAACAACAGGUACAGCAGCAGGUACAGCAGCAGGUCCAGCAGCAGGUACAGCAGCAGACCCAGCAACAGGUACAGCUUGGUCAGCAUCCGAGCAAUGGUGCGUCCGGGCUGCUGUCCAACGGGAACCUGCUGUCCAAGCAGAUGCUGCAACAGAUACAGUACUCGCAGUCCGAGCUGGACGAGCUAACGUCACAGGAGAUCUCGCUCGAUCUGCAGCACCUGAUCGACGACCAGUUCCGCGAUCCGGAAGCGUUGGGCAUCUUCACCGAGAUGGUCACCGUCGGCAGUACGAACGGUACGAUGGCCAACCCGCUGGUACAGUCGGCCGCUGCCAAGGCACUCCAGCUUCAGCAGGCACGUCUCUCGCAGCACACGAACGGUGGCAACAGUUACCAGCGAUCACUCGCCUAUAUGCCCCAGCCCGUGCAUACGGGUGCGGCCUACGGCAGUACCUCCAGCGAUGAGAACAGCUCCGUCGGAUCGUCCGCCGACUCGGCCAACAUCAAGGAGGAACCGGUCGAUCCGAACGAGUACCGUCGGCAGCUGCUAGCGAACGGCGCAUCCGGUGGUGCUCAGUUCAUGGGCACCAUCAACGGCUAUCAGGGAUUACCGGGGUCGGGUGGUGGAGCGGGUGGUGGCGGUGGCGCGACACCAAACGGAGUAUCCGGUGCGCUAGGUGCGGCUGGCGGUACGACACCGAGCUACGUCACCAACGGUAACGGCAACAGCUUCUCCAGCCUAACGCCCGCCACCGUGCUGCACCAUCAGGCACUGCCCCACCUGUCCGGGGCCGCGCACCUGGCGAACCUUACCAAACACAGCAAAAUGUUACCGCACGUCGGUCGCAAAACGCAGCAAAAAACCGUCGACAAGGGUACGGACGAGUACCGGAGGCGACGGGAGCGGAACAACAUCGCGGUCCGGAAGUCACGCGAGAAGGCGAAGGUGCGGUCGCGCGAAGUGGAGGAAAAGGUGAAGACACUGCUGAAGGAGAAGGACGUGCUGAUACGCAAGAUCGAGGAGAAGAACAACGAGAUCGCACUGUACAAGCAGCUGUAUAUGCACCUGAUGAACCACAGCAAUCCGGAGAUCAACCAGAUCUGUCGCAGUGCGCUUAAUCUGUCCAACAUGGGCGACCACAUGUGA